UUAUUAACGCAUAUGUAUUCUUGUGCAGUGGAGCUGAAGAUGUUGCUUUGAUAGAGUAUGCUCAUUUAACAGGUCGUCCCUUUAGGGUGUUCAGCCUGGACACUGGGAGAUUGAACCCGGAAACGUAUCGAUUUUUUGAUGCAGUUGAGAAGCAAUAUGGCAUACGCAUUGAAUACAUGUUUCCUGAUGCUGUGGAAGUUCAGGCAUUAGUGCGGAGCAAGGGUCUCUUCUCAUUUUGUGAGGACGGGCACCAAGAAUGCUGCCGGGUGAGGAAGGUGAGGCCCCUCCGGAGGGCCCUGAAGCGGCCGAGAGCCUGGAUCACUGGUCAAAGGAAGGACCAAUCUCCAGGAACUAGGUCUGAAAUUCCUGUUGUCCAAGUAGACCCGGUAUUUGAAGGCUUGGAUGGUGGAAUUGGCAGCUUGGUGAACUGGAACCUUGUGGCAAAUGUCAGUGGCGUUGGCAUAUGGAACUUUCUUCGCACCAUGGAUGUAACUGUGAACUCAUUGCAUUCGCAGGGGUACAUCUCAUUAAUUGGCUGUGAGCCAUGCACGAGACCGGUUCUACCCGGACAACACGAGAGAGAAGGAAGGUGGUGGUGGGAGGAUGCCAAAGCUAGGGAGUGUGGCCUCCACAAGGGAAAUAUCAUGAAAAAUGACGCCGCUAAUGCAGCCACUGUUGACGAACAGGAUGCCUUACUCUUGUAUCUUGAUAGUUCUUGUGAUCGUUGGGUGAUUGAUUCAGGAGCAUCGUUCCACUUUACGGCCCAUCGUGAUGUCCUGGAGAAUUAUGUUGCCGGAAAUUAUGGUAAGGUUUCUCUUGCUGAUGGUGGAUUUCUAGACAUUGUUGGUAUGGGAGAUGUCAGGUUGAAAACACCUGAUGGGUCUGUGUGGAAGAUCGACAAGGUGAGACAUGUGCCCAAAUUGAUGGGCAAUUUUAUUUCAGUGGGGCAACUUGAUGAGGAGGACAUCAUGUAACCUUCAAUUGUGGAGGAUGGAAAGUCACAAAGGGGGCCAUGGUUGUUGCUCGGGGGAGUAAGAUUGGAACCCUC